GCGGCUGCUGGGUCUUCAUCUGCUGACUGGCAUUAACCCGCCAUGUUCCACAGAAUGUAGAAACAGUACAAAAUCAGUAUCUCCCCUCCUCUGAAGCACCUGCCGUUGUAGAUUUUGGGUGACCCCCAGCCCUGGUGCCCAAAAUGCUUGGUGGUGACCUAUGGGCCGGGGAAGUGGAGAUGGCUUGGCCGCGGGAAUGGAGAGCAGGAAGAAUUGCAAAACCCAGUUCCUUCCUCUGUUCCUAAUCUCCUUGCCUGCACUGUGCUGUGGCUUCUCCCACUAACGUUAAAGCUGCCUUGCAGCUCUCUAGAAGAGCCAUCCCUCUCUCUUCUGGGAAGCCAGAAAGAAAGGAGCCCUCCUGGACACCACCACUAACCAGCUGAGGUGAUAUGCAAAAGCUGCUCCUCUCUGGUACGCCAACCAGGCUGCAGUCCCCAGGUCAAGGGACCUUAAGCAAGGAAUUAUGAUCCACAAUUUCUUAUGGAAACAUGAGAUGGAGGCGUUUGCAAAGAGCCAUGGUGUGGCAGUGCAAUUAAAGCAGGGGCUACACGGAAGGACAGCAGAUGAGUUUGGCUUCUCCGGAAACCACAGCUCCCUUCCCAGCAGCUGGGGGUGCUGAUAGAGGGCCUGGCCAGCCCUGCUGGGAGCGUUGCUGCCAGGGCAGCUCCCAGUGCUGGGGCAGGAGGGAGGCAAAGCAGCAGGAGAGCAGACGUUGAGGGGUUCACGGCCAUGCAGUUCCCUGCACUGCUCAUGUUGAUCCUCCCGGCCCUGCUGCCCCUGGCCGGUGCCACUGACCUGCAGCUGCCCUGCCCAUCGGAGAUGAACAAGGUGAAGGACAUCCUGGAGGUGAACUGCACAGGACAGGCUCUCAGCGCAGUGCCCUCUGGCCUGCCCGAGGACACGGGCAUCCUGCUGCUCAACGCCAACCGCCUGACGUCUGUCUCCACUGCCGCCUUCUUGCCCCUGGCCGCACUGCAGGACCUCGACCUGUCUGAAAACGGGAUGGUGGCCCUGCACACCGAGUCCCCGCUGCCAUCCCUCAGGGAGCUGCUGCUGUCCCGCAACGCGCUGGUGGCCCUGCCCAACCUGCAGGGCCUGCCUGCGCUCACCCGCCUGACCCUGGCUCACAAUACCCUGCAGAAUCUUGCCCCGAAGGCUUUCCGUGCCGUGCCGCUGCUGCAGGACCUGGACCUGCGAGGGAACCGGCUGCAGACACUUCCCCAGGACACCUUUGCAGGGCUGCGGGCGCUCAAGGAAUUGGACCUCUCAGACAACCUUUUGGAGGAGCUCCCCAGGGAGCUGCUGCAGGACUUGGAAGCACUGGAGACCCUCUGGCUCUCAGGGAACCUCCUCCGCACCUUGCCCACCGACUUCUUCAUUGAGGGGCACCUCUUCGCCUAUGUGUUUCUCACCGAGAAUCCCUGGCACUGUGACUGCAACCUGUUCUACCUGCGGAAGUGGAUCCUGAGCAAUGAGGGGAGCGUCUACCAGCCAGAGCGGGGCCUGGAGAAGACGAAGGUGGAGGUGGCCCCAGAGAAGGUGCUGUGCUACAGUCCCCUCAAGCAUCAGCAUCAGCCUGUCAUCCGCUUCAAGUCUGACUGUGGCAAUGUGGGAGACACAGAUGGGGAUGCGUAUGACUACGAUGAGGAAGGAACACCCCAAAAAACUACCAUGUCCCCUUCCCCCAUGACACAUCCAGCUGUCCCCAAAGAGCACACUACUACCCCACACGCUCUUACCCAGCCUCCUCUCACUACUACAAGUUCUCCCAUCAGCUCCCCUUCUAGCUCCAGCCUUGCCCCAAGCACUUCCCAUGCGGUUCCUGCAAGCACCAGCACUCCCAGCACCGCCGCUCCUGCACCAGUCAGUUCCACCAUCACAUCCACUCUACAGCCCCCCAGCACUACCCCUCUUCUAACUUCUGCUCCCCCCACCACCUUCAUCUCCACCACCUCACUGACAACUGCUGUGAGCACCAGACUCCCCAGCACCAGCAACCAUCCCCAAACCAGCCUUACCACCAGCACAGCCACCAGCACUCUCCCAAUGUCCACUGGCAUGUUUUCCACCAGCAGUCCCACAGCAUUGCCUUCCACUAACACGUCAGGGCACUCUUCGGUCAUCAAAUCUUCAUCUCCUCUGAUGUCAACCACACUGGUGGUCUCCACCACCACGCUUUCUCCUCAUGCCCCGAAGUUGCUGGCUCCCCUGAACACCACACACUUCCUCCAGCCAUCCCCUCUGCCCCCACCUCACCCUCUCUGUCCUUGCUCCACCACAGCACAGACUGUGCCCAUGCUGCUCUUGCGGGCAGGUGGGGAGGGUCCGCAGUGGGUGCAGUGGAUGCUGAGCCACUGCUGCCUGUUGCACUGGGUGCUCUACCUGGCCUCCUUGGUUCUUCUGCUCCUGUCCAUGCUGGCUUUAGCUUGCUGGCUGCUGUGGAUAUGUCUGGUGGGAUGGCCUUCCUCACGCAAAUCACUGCAGACCCAAGAGGUGCAGUACCCACUGUUGAGGUGGAGGGAGUCAACAGAAAGUCCUAUGAGGCAUCUCAGCAGCUUCCAAAGCCCCCUCCAACACUCCACAUUCUGCACCAUCAAGGAAAUAGAGCUGUGCCCUGAAGUCACUACAUCCCACACCUACUGCACAAUUAAAGACCUGGGAAUACAGCGCAGUCCUCCUGCAAAGUCCUCCUUCUGCACAACAAAGGAGCUGUGGGUCUGCCACCGUCCCCCGAAUGCUUCAUUCAAGUCUUUCUCCAGGAAGCUGACAGCCACAAACCUUGGCUUCCUGAGGGCCCCUUCUGCUUACAGCCUGGAUAGGGGUGUCAAGGCCAUCGGCACUGUCAGAGUGAAGUAUGCUGGCAACACCUUGUAAAUACUCCUGUAUGUUCAGAGUGAGGCAUGGAGGGUCAUGGCUCUGCCUCAUAUACCCUUGUUGCAUGAGGGGAAGAUCUGCUUGCUACAGAAGGGGAAGUCAUCCCAUUCCUCCCCCUAGCACCACUCACACUCAUUGUGGUUGCCGAAUCUGCAAUAAUUACUUUGGUACUUGGCAGGGGUAGAAGUCAUCCUAGAGCAGAGUGUGGGGCUGACACUGCCUGAUUUUGAGGUGAGAAGAGCUUUUUGAGCUUUUUUUUUUCUUCUUUUGAGAAGAGCUUGCUUUGUACACUGUGUCCUAAUCGCUUCUGUCUGAAUGGUGCACAUAAAGAUGCGCUAUGCUUUCAACUCAGUGUCAGGUUGCUAAUCACAGAAUAAAUAUUCUCUUUGCCUAACUU